GCCGUCGCGUUCUGAUGACGCGGUUUCUCGGUAUCAACACUUCAGCGGUACAGCUGCGGCACGGUUUCCCCUCCGGUGUUCCUGUUAAUCCACAUGUUUAGGUUUAUAAUCAUAGAAUCAUAGAUAUAUAAGAACUUUAAUAACGCCACGGUGAGGUAGCGAGGAGCAGGAGUGUGUUUAGGACCCGGAUGAAGGAUGGCGGGGGUGUUCGACAUCGACCUGGAGUCGGAGGACGUGAGCGACGCAGAGGAUGAAGAGUGUAACUUCACGGUGGCGGAAACAGAGCCCGGUGAGACGGAGGAAGUGGAGCUCACCAGCGCCAUCGUGAACAGGGACAGUGAGCGAGUCGGACCUGACUGCUUUGAACUGCUCACUGUGCUCGGGAAAGGAGCUUACGGCAAGGUUUUCCAGGUCCGGAAAGUACAGGGAAGUCAGACGGGAAAAAUAUUCGCCAUGAAAGUUCUGAAAAAAGCAAAAAUAGUGUGCAGUGCGAAGGACACAGCACACACAAGGGCGGAGCGAGAGAUCCUGGAGACGGUGCGUCACCCCUUCAUCGUGGACCUGUGGUACGCCUUCCAGACCGGCGGCAAACUCUACCUCAUACUGGAGUGUCUGAGUGGUGGUGAGCUGUUUAUGCAGCUGGAGAAGGAGGGGAUCUUCAUGGAGGACACGGCCUGUUUUUAUCUGGCUGAGAUAACGUUAGCGCUGGGACACCUGCACUCCAAUGGGAUCAUCUACCGAGACCUGAAACCUGAGAACAUCAUGCUCAAUCACGAAGGCCACAUUAAACUCACUGACUUUGGCCUGUGUAAGGAAUCCAUCCACGACGGCAGCGUCACACACACCUUCUGUGGUACCAUCGAGUACAUGGCUCCAGAGAUUUUGAAUCGCUCAGGACACAACAGAGCCGUGGACUGGUGGAGCCUCGGAGCGCUGAUGUACGACAUGAUGACCGGCUCGCCUCCGUUCUCAGCCGAAAACAGGAAGAAGACCAUUGAAAAAAUCCUGAAGUGUAAACUGAACCUUCCUCCGUACCUCACGCCAGACGCCAGAGAACUGAUCAAAAAGUUGUUGAAGAAGAACCCGGCUCAGAGACUGGGUUCUAGUAAAGCCGACUGCGCAGACAUACAGAAGCAGCCUUUCUUCCGCCACAUUAACUGGGACGACCUGCUGAAUAAGCGCGUGGAGCCGCCCUACAGGCCAUCACUGCACUCAGAUGAGGAUGUCAGUCAGUUUGACAGUCGCUUUACCAAACAGACUCCAGUGGACAGUCCUGAUGACACGACACUGAGUGACAGCGCUAAUCAUGCAUUUUCUGGCUUCACCUACGUGGCCCCCUCAGUGUUGGAGAGCCUGAAGGAGGGGUUCUCAGUAGAACCGCGGUUACGCCCCGUCCGCAGACACAACAGCAGCCCACGUACCCCCAUCAGUCCUCUCUCCGAGCCCUUUAAGAUCAGUAUUGAUGGAGAAGAGGAGCCUCCUGCUCAGGCCCCGCCUCUUCCUGCUGAAAAUGGUGCCUCCAAGCCAAUCAGAACGCCGGGACGCAACAAGAAACAAAAAGGCCGCCGUGGCGGGAAAUGAAGCCAUCAAUCUGUCAGAUUUCUGCAGGAUGCUAAUGUGUCUGUUACCACUUGAUGUCUCUCGCCCUCUCUCUCUCUCUCUCUCUCUCUCUCUCUCUCUCUUUCUCUCCUCUCUCUCUCUCUUUCUCUCCCUCUCUCUCUCUCUCCCUCUCUCUCUCUCUCUCUCAGCCCAAACCAAAGCAUCAUGACACGACAACGAGAGAAAAAAAAGCAUCUGAAGCAUGUUGGUAUUGUUGGAAUGGGUUAAUAUUGACUGUGAAUUAAUUGCUUUUAUUUCUGGAAAGCUUUUGGAUCAUGUGACUGCAUGUGGAAGAACUUUUUCCCCAGGAAACGGCCCUAAAGAGCGCAAAAAAAAAAGUCGACAAGCAUCGUCCCAAAUGUAUUUUAUUUACAGGAGUAUAAAAGAGACUUAAUAUAUUAUUAGUACGUUUCAAUUGAGAUGUGUUAAAUGCAGUUACUUACUAUUUUUGACUGGUUUUAAUUUAGAUUUUUUUGUUCCUUUUGCUCAAAUAUAUUUGGGGAUAUUACUUUUAAAAAAAAUAAAUCUGUGACAAACAAAAACAGAGGUUCUGAAAUCUAAUUCUGAAAGGUGCUCACGUUUAGCUAAAAUUCCUUUCAUUAAUUUGGAAAAAAUACUUACAAUCAUACGAAUGAAUUAGAAUAAAUUUACACAAAUUAAAAACCCAAUGUUUGAAACGGAUCUGGUGCUACCACCAUCAUGUUUCACAGCACCGUAAGAUCGUCCUUCUCUCGCUCCGUCUUCUCAUCCUUGAGUUCAACUGACGACAUAUCAUCUUCUCCUUCACUGCUCUGCCCAUCCUCUUCUUCAUCCUUUUUCGGCUUCUCCAUCAUUGCUGUGCCGUCCAUGCACGAGUAAUUGUCCGAUGAAUCAUCGUCGUCGUCCUCGUCGUCAGCAUCUUCUUCUUGCUUCUUCUGUUCUUCUGCCUCUGUUAUUCCUGCCUCCAUCUCCUCAUCCACCUCCUCUGCUUUGGAAGAUGGUCUCAGACACGCCACAGCCAUUGCCCAGGCGUUCCUUGCGCAUUCUGUUACACGUCUCCAAAUUUCCAGGCAGGAAGGACGUCCCUGGUGAAUGUACCAUUUAUAAGCACAGAAGGACAGCAGGAUUAAGAAGCAGAAGAAGAGGAUCAAGCACACCACAGUUCCAACAUUUGCCUGAGUCGUCGCGGCAGUAGGUGAAGCGUUAGACGGCACCGUGGUCGUUGUUGUGCUACGGGUUUCUGAGGACGUGGUGAUGAUUGUGGACGUGUCUUGAGUUUCCUCGAAGCUGAAGUUGGUGUCGGGUGUGGUUGUAGGAGCUGCACUUUCAGUCGCACUCGUGUUGUACGUCAUUGUUGUAGCCGUUACAUUCGUGGUGUUGAGGGAAGCUGAUGCUCCAUGGAAAACAGGAGCCAUAGAGAGGAGCAAGCAGAGUGCUCUCAGAAAUACGGAUGGCUGGGGUCUCAUGAUGCCUGAGGGGGAAAAAAAACAAACACAGGUCAGAAAAGAUAAAUACUUUUGUCUCUCUGGAAUUAAAAACCAAAACUAAAACCACAAUUUUUCAUUUCUUAUUUCAUUUGUAGUCUGAUUUCAACUGUUGCACUCUUCAGCUCGGUCUCUGGGUCAGCUGUCUACUUAAAACUGAUUUGGGGGCGGAGCUACAUACAAGAUCAUUUUGUGAUGUCAUAAAAUAGGCUGUAACUUAAAGGUGCAUUAAGUAAGAUUCAUCAGAAUUUCUCAAGAUUAGGAUAGGAUUUGAAUAUUUUUUUAAAAUGCGUUUUUGAAGAACAUGUUUUUUUUUUUUCCCCUCACUGGAGAAUUAUUAUCUGGCUGUGCUGGGCGUUUACCGAUUUCCCUCUUGGAUGGGGGUGGAGUGAUGGAGUGUCGUGUCUAUAAAAUGACUGACAAGACGCCUUUGUCAGAUGACCUUUAAACUAAAGGUUAUUAGAGGAUGGUGUCGAACCUGCAAACAUGCAACUUGCUAAGCUAGUUAAUGCUCGUGCCAAACAAAAUUGUUGUUGUCUUGGUAACAUUGAAAUUUAUAUAUGUGUAUAUGUAAUAGACAGGUUUGGGCCGCUGUUAAAUAAAUCAGUAAUAAAAUGAUGUAAAUCAAGACACUGAUACUGAAAUGUGACUAAUGUGAGCCAGAUUACUCAAAGUUAGCUAGCUAAUUGAGCUAAUUUAGCUAACAUUAGUGAUAUUUGACUGUUACGGGGAUGGUUAAAAUUGGCUUUAGUUUAGUAAAUGUUCUACAUAAAUUAUAUCUAAAGGUAUAAAAUGACAAUGAUGAGAAAUUGAAUAAUUAUAUUUUCAUUUCAGUGAUCCUGGUAACUUUAAAAUAAAGCUGUAAAUUGAAAACGAAACUUUAA